AUGUCCAUCAUCCCAGAGGCAGUCCGCUUCUGCUUCCCAGCAGCUCCCAUCGGCUCAGCGGCCAACCCCGACCUCCCUCUCUACACCCGCAACGACAGCACCAUCCCCAAAGGCAGGGGCAAGGUUAGAGACGAGGAGGAAGAGAGGGUGGCUGCUACCGUUAAGGCGACCUACAAGACCGUCUUCGCGAGCUAUGCUAUCGAUUGGAUAUUUAUCUUUGCUCUGUGGGGCCUAUUGGUCGUUCUGAAUAGAUCUGGCGGACACAAGAGAGAGUUUUCUCUCAACGAUAUUAGUAUACAGCAUUCGUUUGCCGAGCAUGAGCGGGUACCGCCUCAUCUGCUCGCCUUUGUCUCCAUCGGCAUACCCCUUAUUGUCUUGGUCCCCAUCAGUGUCUUUAUCGCACGUAAUGCGUGGGACACGCAUAAUGCUGUUGUCGGUGUCUUGAUGUCCUAUACGAUGGCUGGUGUUGUAACUCAGAUUAUCAAGAUGUCGGUCGGUCGCCCUCGCCCCGACCUCAUCGCCCGAUGUCUCCCUAUUGCCGGGGCUACCGACAGCCCUGUCUUUGGUCUCUCGACUGUAGACAUCUGCACCAAUACUGAUCUUUUCAUCCUGAAUGAUGGUUUCAAGAGCUUCCCCAGCGGGCACAGUUCAUUGUCAUUUGCCGGUCUCGGAUUCUUGAGUCUGUACCUGGCUGGCAAGAUGCACUUGUGGGAUAUCAGGGGCCACCGAACGAGAGCUUGGGCAGCCCUGUCCCCACUCCUCGGCGGUGCCAUGGUCGCCAUCAGCCGUACAGCCGACAACAGACACCACUGGCAAGACGUCCUCAUCGGCUCCCUCCUUGGCCUGUUUGUCGCCUGGGUCUCUUACCGCACCUACUACCCCCGUCUCACGCACCGUCAGUGCCACCUUCCUUUGGCGCCUCGCGCCGAUCCCGAUGCUUUUGAGGACUUCGAUCUUGAUGGGGAGGGGGGCACAGUAGCGAGAGAGGGGGUGAGGCUGUUGUCGGAAGAGCGUGAGGGGAGGCAGAGUGAAGAGCAGCUUGCUUGGAGGAGCUGA